CGUUUGCCUACUUUCAACGUGUCAACACUGCCGUCAAAGGGUUUAUAAUUGUCGUACAUCGCACGAUCUUUCUAUUAAAUGGAAGAAAACAAGGAACCUCUGUCUCACUAGUCAGUUUGUUGUAAUCUGUCACAAAAUGAGGUUUUUAUUGAUAAAGUUGAGAUGACAGCAUGAGGAAGACCGGAAGAUGGACUUUAACAGAACGGUUCUGGUGACAGGAGGCUCUGGAUUCAUUGGCUCUCAUCUGGUGUGUACGCUGGUCGCCAGUUACCCUGCAUGGAGGAUUAUUAAUCUGGAUAUUUUGGAUUACUGCUGCAGUCCCAGGAGUCUGGAAGGGGUUGAAAACAGAACCAACUACACUUUUAUUCAGGGAGAUGUGUGUAACCCACACUUGGUAAAUCACAUUUUCAUGACUGAAAACAUUGAUGUCAUCUUUCACCUGGCAGCCAAAACUCAUGUCGAGUCCUCGUUUGAGUGCCCUUCCAUUUUCCAGCGGGUCAACGUGGACGGAACCAGAGUUUUACUGGACGCUGCCCAUCGAGCUCGACACCAGCCGCUGCGCUUUAUCUACGUCAGCACGGAUGAAGUGUACGGGACCAGUCUGGAUGAGGCGUUUGAUGAGAGCAGCCCACUGAGGCCAACCAAUCCGUAUGCAGCUACUAAAGCAGCUGCAGAGUAUCUGGUCAGGUCCUACUGGGACAAAUAUAAGUUUCCCAUCAUCAUUACCAGGAGCAACAACAUCUACGGGCCCAGGCAGUUCACUGAGAAGGUUAUUCCUAGGUUUCUCACCUUGCUGCAGAACAACAAGAAAUGCACCAUUCAGGGAACCCUGCCUAUAUCCCGGCACUUUCUGUUCAUCAGCGACGCCAUCCAGGCCUUCCUGCUGGUUCUGGAAAAAGGGACGGUGGGAGAUGUCUACAAUGUGGGAACAAGCUUUGAGAUUCCCAUCAUCCAACUGGCACGGGAACUUGUUAGGAUGGUGAAGAAUGAGACUGAAUCUGAAGUAAAUGAGUGGACCGAGUUUGUCGCCAGCAGGCCACAGGUCGACCUUCGUUACCCAAUCAGGAGUGACAAGCUGCAGCAGCUAGGCUGGAAAGCAGAGGUGUCCUGGGCUGAAGGCAUCAGACAAACAGUGAAAUGGUAUCACGACAACCCAGACUUCUGGUUGGACAUCAACAAGGACCAGCGAAUCAGAAGAGAGCUUGAUGCCUCCAAAACAUGACCAAGCGUAGCUCUCCCUGCCUCGACCGACAGGAAGACAUCCGUCCUUCUCCAUGAGAUUUGUUAAACACCUAUGGCUGAUUAUUCAGCUCAGGAAAACUUAUUUUUACUGAAUGUUUUAUCUACUGGACCAUCAGGCCUUGAAGGCUGAGCCUCCCUGUAAUUAAACGGUUCAUGUUUGUAGAAUAAAUUAUUUUUGCUCCUGUUAAGACGAGCAUUUCUCUUA